AUGGCCGAAUCCGAACCAAACACCCAACAACUACCCGCAAACUCACCCUCCCCUCCCCCGCCAGCACCGAUUCCCCAAGCACCCGGCCCACGCGCUUCACGUCUACACCAAGUCUUCGACCAAGCCCUGGCGCGCACACUCCGCGCAAACUCUUAUGCGAAUUUCGCAAGCUGCUUCCCUACCCCGGCGCGCCAUGUCCCUGCUAGUCUAGAGAGUGUCUGGCGACAAUUAAACGCGAAGCUGGAGGAGAGCGCGAAGGCUGAGUUUGAGGAGAUUAUUGCUGAGCGGGAGGUCGUGCCACAUCUUAAUGAAUUGGAUCGGUUGGUUGGCGAGGCUAGGGUAAGGAGGGAGCAGGAAGGAGAGUAUGAGGAUUCUGAGAGAACAGUCCCACAUACCCUCGGCGCGGAAGAUCUGUACAAGGCACACCUCACGCCGUAUCUGCAGGAAGCGCAAUCGACCCUGAAUAACAGACUUGAGGCUACGCAUGUGGAGAACGCGCAGCUGGCGCAGACUGUUCAGUCGCAGAGACAGGAAAUCGAACAAUUGUUGGCGCAUCUGGGUUCUGUUGUUUCUGAUAUUGAGGGUGCUGCUUCGGCUGCCACACAGUUCAGCAAGGAACAUCAUCUUCGCCGGGAUGCGGUUCAGAUGGAUGAAGAGGUGAAUGCUCGUGAGGGUCUGUGA